AUGUUAAGCCUUCACUAUGCUGUUGCUAAAAAAUGUAUAGGCUUUCCUGCUAGGAAGGGAGGUCGUGCCAACACUAAAGGUGCUGCUGCAUCGGUGAGCUGCAUGAAGAAGCACUUGAGCAGCCAUGGUGAGUGGCUGCCUUCCUAUGCUGUGGCAAUGGAUCGCAGGAAUCAUAUAGCCGGUUCAGCACCUUCAAAUGAACCAGAUGGUAUCGGGAUCACAGAGUUCCUUGGGGGCAAGAACUUUCUCAUCACUGGUGGGACUGGAUUUCUAGCAAAAGUUAUUAUUGAGAAAAUAUUGAGGACAACUCCUGAUGUCGGCAAGAUAUAUGUGUUGAUAAAGGCGAAGGACAGCAACGCAGCACUGAAAAGGUUGCAAAACGAGAUAGUUGGCACAGAACUUUUCAAAUGCUUAGAGCAAGUCCAUGGGAAAGACUACCACCAUUUUUUAGCAAGAAAACUGGUUGCUGUAGUAGGCAACGUGAGAGAAGCCAACAUGGGCAUUACGCCUGAGCUAGCUGAUGAUAUUGCAAAAAAAGUGGACAUCAUCAUCAACAGUGCAGCGAAUACGACAUUCGAUGAGAGGUACGAUAUUGCUAUGGACGUGAACACCAUGGGACCAUUCCGGUUAAUGAGUUUUGCGCGUAGAUUUUCAAAGCUGAAGCUAUUCUUGCAUGUAUCAACAGCAUAUGUGAACGGGAGGAGGCAAGGCGUAGUGCUAGAGAAGCCAUUUAGCUUGGGAGACACCAUCACGAAGGAAUUAGGUUACUCAGAUUCUUCAGGACUUCGGAACACUGUGCUUGAUAUAGAGGCAGAGAUCAAGCUUGCUUUUUGCUCCAGACAUAACUCGAACGACGCAGCAUCUUUCUCUCAAGAAAUGAAGGAUUUAGGCAUUGAGAGGGCAAGACUCCAUGGCUGGCAGGACACCUACGUUUUCACCAAGGCCAUGGGGGAGAUGGUCCUCGACAGCAUGCGAGGAGAGAUACCAGUGGUGACGAUAAGGCCAAGCAUCAUCGAAGGAACUUGGAGCGAGCCCAUCCCAGGUUGGAUAGAAGGAAUCAGAUAUGGACAAUCAUGGUGUCCUUUCUGUCCACUAAAAAUCGUUCCGGCAGACAUGGUGGUGAACGCGACCCUCGCAGCGGUGGCGAAGCACGCUCAGGCCCUAGGUGCGGCACCGGAGAUGCACAUCUACCAUGUGGGAUCAUCGACGGCGAAGCCGCUGAUUUGGCGCGACAUGUUCACGUUCUUUUUCCAGCACUUCACGAGGUACCCCUUCAACCUGGCGUCGGGGCAGCCAAUCAAGGUGGCGCCGAUGAGGCUCUUUGGCAGCAUCGAGCAGUUCGACAGCAACGUUGAGAGGGACGUGCUGCUCUGGGGCACCGGCGAGACGCUCUCGCCUCGGGCGCGGAUGCUUUUCAGCAAGUACGCCGAGAAGAUCACCCACCUCGCCCGCAUGCCUAUGCUUGCAUGCAGGUUUGACAUCGCCAACACCGAGGCGCUCUUCGCAGAGAUGUCAGUGGAGGAGAAGGCGCAGUUCCACUUCGACGUCCGGAGCAUCGAGUGGAAAGAUUACUUCACCAAUGUGCACAUCCCGGGGUUCCUGAAGCACGUCAUGAAGGGGAGGGGCGGUUCCUCCAUUGUUGGAAAUAAAUAACACAUCCAUGUAGCGAUCUAUG